GACUACAUCAUGCGAGUUCUUGACACGUAUACCGGACAGUUCGUCCAUAUAGAUCCUCAGGACCAAGUAUUGGCCAUACUGUCGCACACCUGGGACCCCGAUAAUGGCGAGCAGACGUUUCAAGAACUGCAGGAGAUCCAGAAACGAUACAUUUCGGAGCGUGGCGCUUCUUCGCAGAGAAUGGCCUGUAAGGUCGCGCGGGAGACGGGCUUCCGCUACCUCUGGAUAGACUCGUGCUGUAUCAACAGGGAAAGCAGCUCCGAGCUCUCCGAGGCCAUCAAUUCGAUGUAUGCGUGGUACGGGGACGCAGACGUUUGCUAUGCGUAUCUGGCCGAUGUCCCCCCCGGCGCGACACCUCAAUCUCGGUUUUUCCGCGAGAGCCGAUGGUUCACGCGCGGAUGGACACUCCAGGAGCUCAUCGCACCUGACGAUCUGAUUUUUCUCAACGCCGAUUGGGAAAUCAUUGGGUGGAAGGACGACCUCGUUGACGUACUCGAGAAGACGACUGGUAUCGAUCGACGCGCCCUGCUGCAUGAGACAGAGCUGGAGAAAUUCUCUGUUGCUCAACGGUUCUCGUGGGCCUCAAUGCGAGAGACGGAGAGGGUGGAAGACCGAGCGUAUUCGUUGAUGGGAAUCUUCGACAUCAACAUGCCUAUCCUCUACGGCGAGGGUGAGCGUGCGCUGCGACGGCUACAAGAGGAGAUCUUGCGGCGAACACCGGAUCAGAGUCUCUUCGCUUGG